UAUUUAUCCCGUAUCAAAUAUACAUGGAUACAAAAAUACACUUUUAGACAUCCGUCAGUCUACUCCGAAGCUUAGCCGAGUGAAGGUCGCACGUCAAAAAAGUUGUCCAAAUAAAAAUAUUUAAUUUUUUUACAGUGUUAUAAAUAAACCGUUAAAACUAUUUUAAAUCGUUUACAACUAGUGUUAUUUUUUUAUUCUUGACGUCUAAAAUAAAACAUGAAUCCCUCCGCCGUAACAUUGAUUGUCGUCACUUUGGUCUUGUACGGAAUUUUCAUUCAAAGUAUUGAGGCAAAAACAGCUUUCCAGGCCGAAACACCUGACGCCGCCAAAGCAGCCGCCACACCCGCCGCAGCCGCUGGAGGCGCCGGAUCCGCAGCACCGGACGGCGCCGCAGCACCUGACCCCGCCGCCGGGGCCGCCGGAGCCGCCGAAGCCCCGAAGGCCGAAGCCCCAGCCACCACCGUUACAGGCAACGGCACAGGAAACGCCACCGGUCCUGCCAACGGCUAUCCAUCUCUCACCGGGUCUGCGGUGCAGUGCGCCGUAAUAUCCUUCCUGGUGGUGGCAAGAAUGUUCUACCAGACGGUGUGAUUGGACGUCAAUGACGAGAUAACGAAAAAUUUAUACCUACUUAUAACGCCAUAUUACGGCCAAUAAAGAAAAAUAAUUAAAAAUGUA